UGGGACGUGUAGUCUGUUUACCGCGAAGCAAAGAUGGCGGGCGUGCAGCCGCCACCCCUGCGGACCAUGGAGGAUUUCCUGCUGAGCUCGGCCCGGUUUGCGGUGCCGGACAUUCGGAACCUGGACCGCUGGAACAACCGGAUGAUCAACAACCUGCUGUACUAUCAGAGCAACUACCUGGCGGGGGGACUGGCCCUGCUGGCGCUGGUGGGGUAUUUCCAGCCGUUCCAGAUGUUGGUGGGGGCGACGGUGGUCACCUUGAUGUUCCUGGGCUUCGUCUGGGCAGCAGAGAACCGGGCUCCUAUCCGCCGUUUCCGUAGAAACCACCCGUCCGUGUGCGUGCUGGCCAUCCUGGUGGCCAGCUACCUGUUCCUGUCCGUGCUGGGAGGAGUGGCCGUGUUCCUGUUCGGGAUAGCCUUCCCCAUCAUGAUGGUCCUGGUUCACGCGUCACUGAGGCUGCGGAACCUGAAGAACAAGCUGGAGAACAAGCUGGAGAGCAUCGGCCUGAAGAGGACGCCCAUGGGGCUGCUGCUGGAGGCACUGGGGCAGGAGCAGGAGGCCGGGUCCUAGAGGGGCCGGGGGGCGGGGGGGCGGGACCAGGACCAGGAGGCCAGGUCCUAGAGGGGAGGAGGGCUGUUUAAUGGUGCUUUUCCACUAGUACCACCUCAGGUCGCUUCUACCCGCCAUACCCCCAGUCUUGCGCUUUUCCACUACGGGCCGAGGCAGGUGGAGCCGUGCAAAGCAGAUACAUUUUCUGUAACCAUUCUGCCGAGGUUCUAACCGGGCUGAGCCGGCACUAUAUCUGACGUCACCACCCUCCGUGCCACUGAUUGGUCGGGGGGCGGGGCCG